UCUUAAAUGACAUCUAUUCCCAAUUUAUUCAGUUUGCGAAAUGAAACGAGAUCCCGGACGGUGUUUGGCGUAUAUGCCUCGGAUCUACUUCAACCCUGACAGCAAAAAGUGUGAGAGCUUCAUCUACGGCGGCUGCGGAGGCAACGCCAACAACUUCAACAGCAUCGCCGAGUGUGAGAAAACGUGUCCUCCGGGUUCUGUCUGCCAUUUGAAGCCGAAGACGGGGCCGUGCAAGGCGCUGUUCCACCGCUUCCACUACAACGCCGACACAAAGAAGUGCGAGACGUUCAUCUACGGUGGCUGCGGCGGCAAUGGCAACAAUUUCCGCAACAUCGCCGACUGCGAGAAAACGUGCAGUGGCUUUUGAAAGAUGAUGACAGUGUCCCACUGACCAAGAGCAGUAAAAUCUAUCAAAUCUUGUCUCUACUGCAUUAAAAAAAUAUACACGUC